AUUCUGCGGGUAGAAAACAAAACAAAAAAAAAUCGAAGAAAAAGCGCAGGCAGGGGUGAGCGGGCCGAGGCUUCAUCUCGUGUCGAUGCCUUCUUCGCCCUCUCCGUCCUCGCUCCGCUUCCUCCGCAGCUGGACUCGUGCUCAACAUCGCAAAUCCCAAGGCCCGCCACUCCCACUAGGCCACCACCACUAGGGUUUUCGUAUUAGGUUUCUGGAACAUUCCGCCGCCGCCUCAUGCACGCGCCGCCGCUGGUCGCGCUCGCCGGGGGCGCCUGCCCCGGCGCCGCCGCCGCCGCCGCCGCCUCGCCGCUGCCAUGGCUGGCCUCGCCCAGGGCCGCCAUCCUCGCCGCGCCGGCGAGGCUCCUGCGGUCUCGCCGCGGGGCGCUCCGGUUGGAAGCCAAGGCCGCGUGGAGGGCGGGCGGGGGCGGGCGGGGCCCGCGGGUCCCGGCCAAGGGCGCCGUGCUCGCCUCCUACAUGGGCGCCGAGGAGGUGGUGGGACCCUCGCCGCUGCUCGACGAGGAAGGUCUCGACGAUGAAGAGCUCAUUUUACACAUCAGAAAGGAACUGGAGGAGGGAAAUCUGCCUGCAGAUGUUGCUAGCAACCUGGAGGAGCUCUAUUACAAUUACAAGAACGCUGUCCUGCAAACUGGAGAUCCAAAUGCAUAUGAGAUCAUGCUUUCAAAUAUGAUGGCUUUGUUUGAUCGUGUCCUACUGGAUGUGCAGAAUCCAUUUACCUUUCCACCGUAUCACAAAGCUAUCCGAGAACCAUUCGACUAUUACAUGUUUGGUCAGAAUUACAUUAGGCCACUGGUAGACUUUAGGAACUCCUAUGUUGGCAACAUUUCCCUUUUUCAUGACAUGGAAGAGAAGCUCCGCCAGGGCCAUAAUGUUGUUUUGAUGUCUAACCAUCAGACAGAAGCAGAUCCAGCAAUUAUCGCCUUGCUGCUCGAAAAAAGCAAUCCGUGGAUUUGUGAAAACAUAGUUUACGUUGCGGGCGAUAGGGUUGUUACUGAUCUGCUUUGCAAGCCAUUUAGCAUGGGAAGGAACCUGAUUUGCGUGUACUCAAAAAAGCAUAUGAAUGAUUACCCUGAGCUAAUUGAGAUGAAGAGGAAAUCAAAUACUAGAAGUCUCAAGGAAAUGGCCUUGCUUUUACGCGGUGGUUCACAGUUGAUUUGGAUUGCACCAAGUGGUGGUAGAGACCGGCCAGACCCUUCGACAGGAGAAUGGUACCCGGCGCCAUUCGAUUCAUCCUCAGUGGAUAACAUGAGGAGGCUUCUGGAGCAUGCUGGUGUUCCUGGGCACAUAUAUCCACUAUCAUUGCUGUGCUAUGAGGUUAUGCCUCCACCACAACAGGUUGAGAAAGAGAUUGGUGAGCAAAGGGUGAUAUCGUUCCAUGGAGUAGGCUUAUCAGUAACUGAAGAAAUAAAAUAUGGGGAUAUUACUGCUCAUACCAAGAAUGCUGAUGAGGGAAGGGAGCUAUUCACAGAUACUUUGUACAGCUCAGUUGUUAACCAGUACAACGUGCUCAAGUCUGCUAUCUUUAGAGAUCGUGGAGCAGCUGCAUUAAACACUGCCAUCUCACUGUCGCAACCAUGGCGAUGAAUGUCUAGAUUCCAUACUGAAAUUACCUUACUUUUCAGAAGAUCAGAUGGAGGGCCGUUGUACAAUUUUGCUGGGAGAAAUUCUUGGACUUUAAACUUUGACAUCACCGCACUUUAUUAAUCAUGGAGGAGCCCGUUACUGUCCUGCAGAUCCUGUCUAGGGUGAUCGGUGGCUCUGCAUACAUGGAUCCCAGCAGCUGUGGCAUGCGGUCAAUCGAUCCAGCGAAAGUAUUGUUGCCUCAGGUUAAACAGUGACGUGCUGGUUGGACACCAAAGGAUCCAUCAGGUUGCAUGCGUUGAACCAGCUUGUCGAUGAACAAGUGGAUUUGUGCGGUUGACGUCAUAAUCUUGUUACUUUCUGUUUCGUGUACAUAGCUUUUGAUUCUUUCCGACUCCACAUUCGGAGAUAAAAAGCGUAACAUGCUCACAGUCGGGUUCUCUCUGUCUGGGUGUAACCCGUCUAUUUCGUUCUCA